AUGUGGAUCGCAAAUAUCGAUGGUUUACGUCGCAAAUGGCUCAAACCAGGAAAGACCUAUACAGUUGGCAGAUCCUCCAAAAGUGAGAGCGACAUUGUGAUUAAGGAGCCGUCUGUAUCGCGGAGCCAUAUCACAAUCUCUAUCGCUAAAACACAGCCAAUGUCUGCAGGUCAAGUUUCGAUCAAGUCGCGCGUUACAGUCACAGAUUUGGGUUCGCGCUUUGGUUCACAGCUUAAUUCAGUUGUUCUUGAGCCCAAUUCUCCGGCGAUGGUUCCCACAGGCUCUGAGAUCGCUACUUUGUUGGUGGGUACAAGGUCAAAAGUUGUUCUGGAAUGGGCCCCUCAGACCAUCACUUUUUCGGCUUCUACAAGCGAAACUGAGGAUUUCAACAAAUGCGUUUCGUUAGUGGAGCCUAUGGAUAUAAAAGUCGUGUCUGACAUCGUUCCAUCUACGAAAUUUUUCCUGAAAGCCGCCAAGACUUCAACAAAGCUGCUGUACGCUCUGGCUAAAGGUCUUCCGGUUGUUUCACUCCAAUUUUCUCAAGCAAUUGCAGAUGCAGCUGAUGAGAUGGAGGUUGAUUUUGCCAAGUUCCCACAGCCUCUGGACUUCCUUGCGGAUCCGAAAUUCGCCCCUGAUGAAACCAGAAAAUCUUGCCUUGCCAAUUACACAUUUUAUAUUCUCGACAAGGGCCAGUAUGAUGCAUUGGAACCAAUAAUUAAGCAAGCAGGAGGUAAAUGCGUGUUCAAAUCUGACCCAUGGCAAAAAGGCAUGUUGGUGAUCGAGCCCCCAAGAGAAGAAUUAAAAGCCAAAGCUGAAAAUUUGGGAAACAUGGUUGACCCUUCUGCUUUUUUAGUCUCUAUUAGAGACAAAACACCGAUCAAAGUUAUGGGGUCAAGGGCUCGCAAGCCAAAAAGAGCUGUGGACAUGCUAACGUUCAUGACGCAAUCGCAGCCAACCCAAGCCAGCCAACCCCUAAAACGAAUCGUGCCAGUCGCAAAUACGUUGUUUGAGCAUUCACCACCUAGUCAAAAACGAAAACGAGUCGAGCCACUUGCGAACGUCUUGUUCGGGCAGUUCGAUGCUAAAAGUGCCAGAGUUGUGAACGAUCUAAACGAUUCCAAGGAGUUAGAAACUCAGCUUCCCCCGGCACCAGCUUAUGUGAGUGACCCAGAACCCGUCGUACCGUCCAAGUCCAUACCAAAGCGUCAAAUCGUCCACUUGCCCUUGCCGAGUAAACGUCUUGCCAGGCCAAUUGAUGUCGAUACAGAAGACUACGAAGAAGAACCACUGUCAAUACCCAGCACCCCUGAAUUGGCAAAUCUUGUGCUUGUCGAAAAUUGUAUAGCAGUGGAUGAGGUUCCUCAGGUCACAGAUAUCACACCCAGUCAGACUUGGAAUGAUGGGCCGAACUUUAAGGCUUUCAAACGCAACGCCCCGGUCAAGAUGGGCUCUGUCAGUCUAGUUAAGGCUGGCAGUAGUGGGUUAGACAACAGCAUUUUGGAGAAUGAUUCUCUUCUCGCCGAUAGUGACCGCGAAUCCACAAAUCACAAUCUCGACGAAGAUGAGUUCAGUUUCCAUUUCUCAUGA